UUCGUUGAAUAUACAACUACUCGUGGUAUUGGAAAAAUAAAUUGGUAUUUUUUUGGUUUGUGAGCUGAUUACUCAACUAUAAGUUUCUUUUGGUGAAAAAUAAAAUAUCCAAUGCUAAAUACCGAUUAUUUGCAAAAAUCAAAUCAAAACAAUCCGUUGUCCCAUAAUAACAACAAAUAAAUGGAAGAAUAUCAAAUUCAGGACAACGAGGAAACAUUGAUUGAAACUGAUUACGAAGUAAGUGAAAUAUUUGAGGGCAGCGCUGAUUCGAAUGACAUUGAAGUGGUCGAUUUUGAGACAUUUCAACAGCAACAACCGGAAGAUAAUUUAACUAGAAGCAAUUCAAAGGAUUGUUCAUCAGCAAACAAACGUAAAUAUAGUUUCGUGUGGCAAUAUUUUGAACCCGUUGAGGGUACAAAUCAGUUCCAGUGCCUGUUGUGCCAAUCCUGUGUUGGCUGCCAAACUAGCAAUUUAGCUAGACAUUUAUCUUCUACACAUGAUAUCACCAAGCAAAGAGAUAAGCGUUUAGACAACUUAGUGCGAAUACGUCCAAGUCGUAGUUUUAUUUGGAAAUAUUGUACCAAGGAGGAUUCCAAACACGCUCGCUGUCAUCUGUGCAACAAAGUUUUAUACUUCGGAGGUGGUAAUACAGCAAAUAUUACAAAACAUUUAAGGCGUCUGCAUUCCGAUUUAAUUAAAGAGAAUAAGAAUCCACAAAAUUCGUUAAAAAUGGAUGAUGAAACUAUGCAAGCUACAGCAUCUCUGUCAAACACAACAACAUAUGACGAUGAUCACAUCGAAGGCCGGUCCAGUGCCGACAUAACAUCGGCCGAACGUAAAGAGCGUCGCGGAGCCAGUUAUGUUUGGAGUUAUGUGGAAAAACUCUCACGCCAUACAAUACGCUGUAAACUCUGUACCAAAGUAAUGUCCUUCCAUGGCACCGCCAAUGUUAUAACCCAUUUACAGCGACGUCAUAAUGUACUGGGCGAACCAGGAUCUCAGAUAAACCAAAUGAUCAAUGCGAAACCAGAAUCGUUGAGUGAGCUAGAAAACCACGAUGAUUAUGAACACACAGAAUAUGGAGGAAAAAAAUUUGGCCGAAAAUCACUGAGUACUGCCAGUGUAGUGUGGAAGUUUUGUACACGUAUUAGUUCGGAUCAAGUGAGGUGUUGUUUUUGUAAGAAAAAUCUUUCGUACCAGGGAACUUCGAAUUUACAACGUCACUUGCAUCGUAUGCAUGGUGUCAUAACACACGGACGUCUUAGCAAGGCUACUGAAGAAUUUGUUGCGAUAAAGGAGGAUAAUUUUAAGGUGCCAGCGAAUAUUGACUUCAUAUGGCAAUUCUGUUCGCAAUUGGAAGACGAUCAACGCACUAAGUGUAAUAUGUGCGAUGCCCUGUUUGAGACAAAGGACACCGAGACAAUAGUUAAACAUUUGGCCAUGGUGCAUUCAGUUGAAACUAAUCAAAGUUCUCAUGGAGACCAUAAACCAAUUAUAAUGAGAACUAAAAAACGCCAUAGACAUGUUGAUUUUGAUACCGACGAUGAUGACGAUUUUGAUGGGAAAUGGAGUAAAAUUGUUGAUGCUGACGACCAGCAAAUACCUACCGAAUUUGAUGAGUCAAAUAUUAAAAAGGAUGAUUCUUUGUACGAUGAUAUUAUAGAGGAAGACCCCAAUAAUUAUGACGAGGAACCCUUUGAUCCGAGUUUAAUGCAGGACUUGCCGCAAGCUAAUCCUUUGUCACCACACUCCUCACGUGCAGACUCUCCUCAACAUCAACAAUCAGCUAUACAGUACCCAAAUCAACAACAACAGCAGUCGCUGCAACCUACCAAUCUGCUACCACCUUUGGAUGCAAAAGUUCUCCUUAAACUUCAGGAAGAUCGUUUGCGUAUGGAAACGGACUAUUUUCGGGAAAAAGCUGGCUACUAUCGUAUGCAAAAGUACUUGACUGCCUUACAAGCUAAAAAAGUACGCAUUGAAUUAGAAAGAAUAAAUCGUGGUGAAGCGACAAUCGUAGCAACAGCCGAUUUAAAUGGUGCCUAUGCAGUCGAAGUUAUACCAGAACAUCAUAUAACAACACAACAAUAGGGCGACAUUUUUGAAUUAAUAUAGUUUUAUACAUUUUGAUCUUUAAUUAAAAAUUUCAAUUAAAUUUAUUACUUAAUUUAUUAGCUCUAUCUAGGUAUAUACAUACAUAUAUAAAAAAGUUUGUAAUAUAAUGUCGGGCACACUUACGUUAAUAAUAAAUUAUUAUAAUAUAGGUACAUAAGAAA